UUGCGUGUUUCAAAAUACGCGUGAUUUUGAAAUCAAACCGAGCAGGAGACUCCUUUAAAAGCGAGCCCCGAUUCUCACUGGCAUCGCAGUCUGAAGAAGCAUUCCGACAAUGAAAACCUGUAUCGCAGUUAUUUUGUUGGGCCUGGUGGUUGCCCAGGCUCUCCCGACGGAGAAGAAGAUCGAGAAGUCGUUGAAGAAGGACGAUUUGAAGAUCGAGGAAACUGGUGAGGACGCGGACAGAUCGAAGAAGUCCAUCAUUUGUCUGGAUCAGCCCAACGUGGUGCCCCAGAUGCAGUCUUUCAGCAUCCAAGCUGCGCCGCAGCCGAUGCAGACUCUCAGCAUCCAACCGGCGCAACAACUCCAGACUCUGAACAUUCAACCAGCCGUUCAACCCGUCCAGACGCUCAGCAUCCAACAAGCUCCACAGCCGGUUCAAACUCUGAACAUUCAGCCAGCACAGCCGAUGAUCCAACCUCAAGCUGUGAUUUCUCAGCCAAUGAUCCAACCUCAAUCUCAGCAGAUACACAUGGUCCAACCGCAAGUGCAGGUGCAACCUCAACCUCAGCAGAUACACAUGGUCCAACCGCAAGUGCAAGUUCAACCGCAAGUGCAAGUUCAACCGCAAGUGCAGAUUCAACCUCAGCCCAUAAUGUCUCAGCCGAUGCAGUCGUACGUCGAGGUCGUACCAUCCCAGCAGGUGCCUUGCCAGACGAACGUGAACAUCGUUCAACCAGUGAAACAGGAGAAAUCUCAGGUGGAAAUCGUUCCCAACAAGAUGGUCAGGCCUGAACCCAAGCCGGAGAAAAUCAUUCAAAAAGUGGAGAAGGAGAUUUCCCGGCCUGUGGCACCUCUUUACAGAGAAGAGAUGAUGGUGGUCCCACGACCGAUGCCGCAACCAAGACCAUUCAUGAUAGUGGAACCACAACCGAUGACUUUCGCCCCAGCUGCCCCUGUUUGCAACCAGUGUCAGCAGUCGCUGUUGCAGUGCAGCUGCAGAGCCCAGAAUCUUAACAGUAUGAUGGCCGAGCCACAGAUGCAUAUGAUGACUCUAAAACGCCCCAUGGGUGUUACGAUGGAUCACCAUAUGUAUUCCAUGUAA